AUGGAUACAAGCCAUAGUCCUCCUUUCAAUUAUACUCUAUCUUGCAACUCUUCAGAAAGCGUGCCCUACACAGCAAGGCAAGUGAUUCAAUGCGUGACUACCCUCAGUGUUCUCACCAUCAUCACACUCCUUACUGUCCUCGGCAACGUCCUCGUGAUUGCUUCAAUCGCCUACUUCACCAAAUUGCAAACUCCCACCAAUGCCUUUAUUCUGUCUCUGGCCACGGCAGACAUCCUUGUGGGUCUGGUCGUGAUGCCCUUCAGCAUGGUCAAAGCUGUCUUUGGCUGGUAUUUCGGGCGAAUAUUUUGCAAAAUCCAUUCCAUCAUGGACGUGAUGCUCUGUACCUCUUCAAUCGUCAACCUCAGCUGCAUCGCCUUUGACCGCUAUUUUGCCGUGUGCUACCCAUUGAAAUAUCGCUUCACGAUGUCUCGGAAAAGGGUAACAUUUCUUCUGCUGAUCUGCUGGAUUCUGCCCGCUUUGGUGUCCAUUGUGCCCUUGGUGUUGGACCUCCACGUCAUAGGUUUGGAAGACUCCUUUGAGCAGUUAGAUUCACAAGAUUGCGUGUUUGUAGUCAACAUCCCUUACUCUGUGACUGCUUCCAUUAUUGCCUUCUACCUCCCCAUGCCAGUCAUAUUGGUUGCAUAUGCCAAAAUCUUCCUUGUGGCCACAAACCAAGUGAGAGAGAUAGCCGCAAGGCAGCAAGGAAUGAACUUGGAAAUGAUCCAGCAAAAUUCAUCCAUAAGGAAAGAAAGGAAAGCAGCUAAAACUCUGGGGAUCAUUAUUGGAUGUUUCCUGCUCUGUUGGGUGCCUUUCUUCACUUUAAACAUAAUCGAUCCCUUACUCGGUUACCAGGCAGACUCAAUUCUUAUUGAGGUCUUUCUGUGGCUGGGCUACCUCAAUUCGGGGCUUAAUCCUUUUUUAUAUGCUUUCUUCAACAAAUCGUUCCGAAGAGCUUUUUCGAUGAUAAUCAGUUGCAAAAUAAUUACCAAAGAUUGUCAUUAUAACAGCUUGGCUGGCUCUACUAAACUCAACACACGACUUAAGACCAUUUCACGUCAAUUCACUCUUACCAGUGAAUUGUUUGAUGAAGAAGAAUAA